AUGGAUGAACUUUCUGCUGGUGCUGCCCAUAUCGGCGGUGGUGAUGGUACCCGAGAAUCAGUUGAGAACUGUAACAGUCACUCCGAUCGAUCACCCUCCGAAGUAAUACAGACAGCCAGUCUGUCAUCGGCCAGCUCAAUCCGCCUCGAAGCCGAUGAAAACCGAGACGAAAACACUGAUGAUGGUGAUAGUCAGCCUAGCGAUUACUCGGAUGCGGCUGAUCACAUCGAAUGUUCUGAGUUACUCAACCCAUCACCCAACCUGACUAGUAAUAAUAAUAAUAAUAAUAAUGAUGACGAUAAUAAUACAAGCAACAAUAACAAUACUCAUUCGGAGAAGAAGAACGAACUAGAGACGACUACGAUCAGCACGACGAGCACGCUCGCCCGAGAGGUCGACAAGGGUCUGGACGAGGGUGUUAGACAGAAGAGCAUUGAUGGUGAUAGUAGAGCUACCAGAGCCACCCCUUCUGAUGAUGCAGUACUCAAUACUUCUGCUACCCAGACUCAGAGUCAGGAAUCUUGUAGCUCAGCCUCGAUGUUGCAGUCCAGACCAUCACCCCUCGGGGCGAAGGAUCUUCCUCCCUCCCAGUCCGAAGGUCAACAGCAGCUUUCUCAUCAUUGCAUGGAUUCCUCUUCGGCUGUUCCUGCUGACCAUACGAUGGGCGGUCAUGUCCCCGAUCGAGUUCGGUCAUCCACCGACGCUGGGUGCCCUCUCCCCGGUCGCCCCGCCCAGUCCAGUUUCAGUCCCCGUAGUUCGAGUCUGAUAGUCUCUACCCGACUGCUAAAGCUGCCCAGCCGCAAGUCGACCGAGAAGAACAACAACUACAGCACCACAGCAUGA